GGAAGCUUCCCUUGUUAGGUCUGUGACAAGCGUAGAAAAGUUUCAUCAACAGCCGCCAUUUUGCUACGAUUUUCAGAGGAAUAUUCAACUAAAAGGAUAUUUAUUUACCUCUGUAAACUGCUCAAGAAUUAGUUGAAGCAGACUGUAUGUAAAAUGUAUUCUUUUGGCUGUGGUUAGACACUACCUUUUUGGAAAUUAUGUCCCGUUAUGAUGUAACGGGAAGCACCUGAUCGAGCCAGUGUAUUUCGUGAAGAAGCGCGUUUUGUGUGUGAGCCUUGAAGGAUAUACCGACCGAUAGUUUGUAUUCAAGAAGAUAAUAGGAUGACUUAGGUAACAGUGGGGAUAACACUUUCCAGAGAAUCUGAACUCAUAAAUUGGCUGCAUAAUGUUUGCAGUGUUAUUGUAUCGUUAAUAUUAUAUGUACUAAUUUAUUGUAUUAUUUACCGGCACGGCUAAACUCAUGAUGGCCGACCAUUUGGUGGAAGGAGGCCCACCAAACAAACGGCCGAAGAUGUCAUCAGUGGUAACACCUAGUGAAAAUUCUGAAUUUUUUGGUCUUCUUGACGACCUACAAAACGACCUGAUUGAACAAAGUGGAGUUGGAGAUAACACUGGAAAUAAUCCAACCGGAGUUGAAAAUGAGUCGAAUGGCACGAUUCAGACGUCGGUGCCCUCAGUACAGGACACUCCAUCAGACACAAUUAAGAAAAACAAGCAACUUUCUCAGCUGCUAGCAACUCCAGCGAGAACUGUCGGGGGUGUGUCCUCCAAUACUUCUAAUUCCAAUGUGAAUGCAAACUCUGGUACUAGCCCAGCUCCAACCCAAAUGCACCCAGCUCAUUCUGUUAAUGCUAGCCCUAAUAUGAACAGUGCAAAUAGUCCUAUGCCUAAUAAUAUGAAUUCACCUAGACCACCGAGUGUGGGCUUGCCUAACGCUGGCCAGCAGAAAACUAAACUGAAUAUGGCAGGCAUGAUCAAUUCAAGCAUGACGAACACGAUGGUGUCACCGACCACGACGAAUGUGGCUACUGCAAGCCAAGGAGGCGUAUUAAGUGGAAGCGUGAACAAGGUGAAACCCUUAAUUAUGAACGGCCCAUAUCAAAUGAGUAACAACAUGAACAUAACACAACAAGUAAAUAGGACUGCAAAUGUCAGUGCUGGUGGUAUAUUGUCAAAUUCUAAUAUCUUAGCCAAUACCAUGUCACAAGUUCCUCAGCCACAGCAGCAUAGUAUGGGUAACAUGCAAAGUAUGACUGUUAAUCCAGCAGCCAUGGCCAAGGUUGGAAUGCCAGGCAACGCUGGGCAGAUGGGUCAACAGGUCAGCAACAGUCCAUUUCACUUUUCCUCUGCUUCCAAUGUAGUACCAGCUAUGAAUAUGAUGCAGUACUCAUUUGCCAGUACCAUCACUACGUCCACCAUGAUGCCGAAUAUGAACAUGCAGGCUGGUAUGACCGGGAACAUGCCGGGCAAUGUUGCCGGGAAUAUGGCAGGAAUGGUGGGGAACAUGGUGAGUCGAAAUCCAGGCAAUAUGACCGGCAAUUUCGGCAACAUGUCGACGGGCAAUAUGGGUAACAGUAUUAACAGCGGGCUCGGGGGCGUGAUGACCGGUAACAUGACGACGCCACAGAAUAUGGCGGGCAACAUGACUGGUGGGAUGACUACAAAUAUACAGGCAGCUCAAAGAAUGGCCAAUGAUAUGGGAGGUAACCUCAAUCCGGCUGGUACUGUCGGAAUGACCAUGCCUCAAACUCAACCGGCUGGAAUGGGCCAGAAUGCAACUCAGACGCCAACGGCUGAUCCUGAAAAGCGUAAGCUAAUUCAGCAGCAACUGGUUCUCCUACUGCACGCACACAAGUGCCAACGGCGGGAAAGCCAGGCCAACGGAGACAUCAAGCAAUGUUCGCUUCCACACUGUAGGACAAUGAAAAAUGUCCUCAACCACAUGACGCACUGUCAGGCUGGCAAAAAUUGCACAGUACCUCACUGUGCAUCAUCUCGUCAGAUAAUCUCGCAUUGGAAGAACUGCACUCGCAGUGACUGUCCUGUCUGCUUGCCUUUGAAAAAUGCAUCGGACAGAUCGCGGACGCAAGCUGCCCAGUUGUUAAAGCAAGCUGCCGGUAAUCCAGCUAUGGGACCGAAUCCACCGCCGAGCUCACAUAUGAACCAGACGUCGAUGUUACAGCAGGAAUCUAUUGCACGGACGUUGGAUCGGCUAGGAUUGAGAAAUACAGGCAUGACGCCAAAUGAUGUCCUGAGUGCGACUGGAAACCUUGCAUCUAUGACUGCAGCGAAGUCGCAGCCAUGGCAUAGCCAUGUCACUCAGGAUCUUCGUAAUCAUUUGGUCCAUAAAUUAGUUCAAGCAAUAUUCCCCUCCCCUGACCCUGCAGCUGUUAAAGAUAGACGUAUGGGGAAUCUAGUAGCAUAUGCACGCAAAGUUGAGAAAGAUAUGUAUGAAACAGCUAGCAGCAGGGAAGAGUAUUAUCAUCUUCUGGCUGAGAAAAUUUAUAAAAUUCAAAAAGAACUGGAAGAAAAGCGGAUGAAACGGAUACAGGACCAGACCCAGACUGGUUCUCCUCAGCCUCCUACACCAUCUCAGGUGCCUUCCCUUCAAGCUACACAAAAGAUGCUGUCCUCGCAUACUGUUCCUUCUAGAAUUGGCAUGAUGAAUGGUCCAACAGCAGUUCCUGGACAAACUGGUGGGCCAGUUGUGAUGCCGGCCAAUCGUGUGAACUCGCCAGCAUCUUCUCAAGCAAACCAAAAUCCAUUCGCAAACUUCCCACAGAUACCUUCAGUAAUGCCACAACAGCAAGGCCUCACAAGUCCAGUAUCCAUGCCCCCACCUCGACCCCAGAUGCAACCUCCUAUGACAUCGCCAAGUCAAACAGCAACUCAAAAUAACUUAAUUCAAUCAGUGAUGCCAAUUACAGGUAACAACAGCCUACCCAGCCAACCAAUACCAUCUCCAACAAUGUCUCAGAGUAGUGUGGGCUCAUCCCACAGUGCAUUGCCCCAUGCUCCGGUAGGCAAUGCUGGUGCUAGUAAAGGGGUGGGAGACAACGGUGGUACCAGUACAGCGCAUAGUGGCGGUAAAGUCUUGCCCAGCGCAUUAUCUGGAGUCACGAUGGACAAUGCAACCGCAAUCAGUUCUGACACAGUGUCAACGGAUGGCAAAUCUGAGGGAUUGUCACGAGGCAAGAGCAACCCACCAUCAGUCACUGACCAGCACCUGUCCAACGACACAGUGGACAAGCCGUUUAUUAGCCCCUCCAUUUCAAGUGACAAAUCCAACAUCACUCAAAUCAAAUCUGAACCGGGCUCCACUUCAGGGGAAACCUGCUCAAUGGGUAUUGUGAAGAUGGAGAGCGAGCCUUCAACGCCUUCCAACAGUAAGGGCGGCAGCACCGGUGCCAAAGGCGGUGGUGCUGCUGCAGCAAAAGGUGGUGCAUGUACAUCCGCUGUGACCCCUGUCAAAGUUAAAACAGAGGAUAACUCGGAUGAUACAAAAGCUAUUAAAACAGAGAGUGGUGCAGUAACAGCAAAGGUUCCGCGAAACAAAAAAGAAUUUAAACCUGAUGAGCUAAGACAAGCAUUGAUGCCAACUCUUGAGAAGCUAUUUAGACAGGACCCAGAAUCACUACCCUUCCGCCAACCAGUUGAUCCAAAGUUCCUCCAGAUUCCGGACUAUUUUGAUAUCGUAAAACGUCCGAUGGAUCUGUCCACGAUCAAGAGGCGACUUGAUACUGGACAGUAUACAGACCCGUGGCAGUACGUAAAUGAUGUCUGGCUGAUGUUUGAGAACGCCUGGCUGUACAACCGUAAAACCUCCAGAGUUUAUAAGUACUGCGCUAAGUUAGGAGAAGUGUUUGAAAUGGAGAUUACUCCAGUUAUGCAGAAGCUUGGAUUCUGCUGCGGUACUAAGCAUGUUUUCCAUCCUCAAGUUCUUGUUUGUUAUGGGAAGCAACUUUGUACAAUUCCAAGAGAUGCAACAUAUUUUACGUAUCAAAAUAGCUCAUCGGGUAUUGGCAUUCUCUCUGACAGAUAUCACUUCUGUGAGAAGUGCUUCGCCGACAUUUCUACCGACCAUGUAUCAUUAGGAGAUGAUCCAACUCAGUUACAACAGACAAGCAUCAAGAAGGACCAGUUUACCAAGAUGAAAAAUGAUGCUCUAGAUCCUGAACCAUUUGUUGACUGCAUGGAGUGCGGGAGAAGGCUGCAUCAAAUCUGUGUGCUGCAUAAUGACACAAUUUGGCCAGAAGGCUUCACCUGCGAGAAUUGUAAGAAAACAAAAGGAAUAAAAAAGAAAGAACACAAGUUUGUAUCCAAAAAGCUGCCAACAACCAAAUUAGGUACACAUCUUGAGAAUAGGGUCAAUAAAUAUCUUCGGACACGGUGUUCGGGGGCAGGGGAAGUUACCAUCAGAGUGUUAUCAAGUUCUGACAAAAUGGUUGAAAUUAAACCUGGAAUGAAAUCUAGAUUUUGUGAUACAGGAGAAUUCCCAACGGAUUUUCCUUACCGUGCCAAAGCCUUAUUUGCAUUUGAAGAGAUUGAAGGUGUCGAUGUGUGUUUCUUUGGUAUGCAUGUUCAAGAAUAUGGUGCAGAUUGUCCGCAACCAAACAGUCGGAGAGUUUAUAUUGCCUACCUAGAUAGUGUACAUUUCUUCCAACCUCGUGCUUACAGAACGGCUGUUUAUCACGAGAUUCUUAUAGGCUAUCUGGAAUAUGUCAAAUGUAUAGGGUAUGAAUGGGCUCACAUUUGGGCUUGUCCACCCAGUGAAGGGGAUGACUACAUCUUUCAUUGCCACCCCACGGAACAGAAGAUCCCAAAACCCAAGAGGCUCCAAGAAUGGUAUAAGAAGAUGCUAGACAAAGCUAUUCAAGACAAAGUAGUAAUUGAUUACAAGGAUAUCCUGAAAUCUGCAUUAGAUGAUGGGCUUACUGGUGCCAAUCAGUUGCCAUACUUUGAAGGUGAUUUCUGGCCAAACGUCCUUGAAGAAAGCAUCAAAGAACUGGAUCAAGAGGAGGAAGAACGACAGAAGGCUGCAGAGGCGGCAGCAGCUGCCAGUGCUGCUGUUGAUGAGAGUCAAACCGGGAAUAAGAAAAACCAGAAGAAUCAGAAAAAUCAGAAGAAAGCCAAGAAGAACAAAAAUAACCCCAGGACAAAGAACAACAAAAAGAGCAACUUUCCUCAACAAGGCAGCGACUUAUCUCAGAAACUUUUUACCACCAUGGAAAAACAUAAAGAGGUUUUCUUUGUUAUCCGCCUCUGCGACAACCCUGGUCAGAACACUGAGCCUAUUCAGGAUCCAGAUAGCUACAUCAGCUGCGACUUGAUGGAUGGACGUGAUGCCUUCUUGACGUUAGCUAGGGACAAACACCUUGAAUUUUCUUCGUUAAGACGAGCCAAAAACUCUACUAUGGUCAUGCUUGUAGAACUACACAACCAAGGCCAAGAGAAGUUUGUCUAUACUUGUAACCAUUGUAAAAAUCAUGUUGAAACAAGAUACCACUGUCUGGUUUGUGAUGAUUAUGAUCUCUGUGUACCUUGUUAUGGUAAACUUGGACAUGAACAUAAAAUGGAGAAAUGGGGUCUUGAGAUUGAUGUGGAUGGAGGAAAGGGUGGUAUGCGAAAUCCACAGGAUGCACGCAAAGAAUCCAUUCGCAGAUGCAUCCAAUCGUUGGUUCAUGCUUGCCAGUGUCGUGAUGCUAAUUGUCGCAUGGCAAGUUGCCAGAAAAUGAAACGUGUUGUACAACAUACAAAAAGCUGCAAAAGAAAAACUAAUGGAGGCUGUCCUAUAUGCAAACAGCUUAUUGCGCUGUGCUGUUAUCAUGCAAAACAUUGCUCAGAGCAGAAAUGCCCUGUACCAUUCUGUGUAAAUAUUAAGCACAAGUUACGUCAACAACAGUUACAACAGAGACUUGAGCAGGCGCAAAUGUUGCGUCGGCGUAUGGCUGCUAUGCAGGCCCAGACUGCCCCCUCGGUUAUCCCGCAAACACAGGUUACUAAGCCAUCAGCAGGUGCCAUUCAGUCGAGUCAGGAGGUUGCAGCUAAACCUGCUCCUCCUGUUCCUCAACAAGUCCAACAGCCUCAACAUCCGGCCAGCAUGGAUCCACAAUCUGGCAUGAAGCCCCAACUAGUUCCACCAGUCGGUGCAAUCAGAGCCGCCCACGAAGUGCAGCAGGCAGCAAGGGAGGCAUCAUUAAGAGGGGCUCCUAACGCAAUGAGACCAACAGGAAAGCCAAUGCAGAACCAACUAGGAGGUCACAUGUCGCAGAUGACCACCCCACAACAGCCACAGCAACAACAGCAGCAACAGGUCCUGUUCACCAUGCAGCAGCAACAACAGCUGGCACUCAAAAAUCAUAGUGCUGCCAAUCCUAUGAUGCAACAGCAAAUGGAUUGGCAGCCACAAAUGGCUAAUCCAAACAUGCAGCAAAUGUCUACCAUGCAGUCUAUUCAGAAUAAUCCUAAUGUGCGUAUGCCAAUGCAAGGUACAAUGCAGCCUACCAUGCAAGGUGGUAUAAUGCAGCGACCUAACUUUUCACCACAACUUUUGCAGCAACUUCUUCAGACUCUGAAAUCACCAUCCUCGCCUCAGCAGCAGAAGCAAGUGAUGAGCAUCCUAAAAUCAAAUCCAUUACUUAUGGCCGCGUUCAUUAAGAGAUCUCAGCAGCAGCAACAAGGUUUGCCACAGCAAGCAGGACAACCACAGCAACAAUUUCCACAGCAACAACAACAGCAGCAACAACAGCAGCAGCAGCAGCAACAACAGCAACAGCAACAGCAGCAGAGGCAACAGUGGUUGCGGCAACAGCAGCAGCAGAGGAUAAUACAAGCCCGUCUUGCAAGUCAACAGACUCAAAUACAGUCCCAGAUGCAGCCUCAGAUGCAGCAGCAACAGCAACAGAUGCAGGCGCAGCAGAUGCAGCAGAAUACUCAAAUGAAUCCAUUUAACCAAGCACAGGUUCAGUCACAGCUGCAGCAACAAAGACGCAACCAACAACAGCAGCAGCAGUUGAUGUUGCAGUUACAUCAGCUGCAGCAAGGUAACAAUGUAAACAUGCAAGGUGCCAAUAAUCUCCCAUUUCAACAAAUGCUUCAAAAUCAACAAAUGCAAAACCAAGCAAAGGGUAUGGUGCCAAGUCAACAGCAACCAAUGAUAGGGGGCCGAUCCCCUCAACAAGUUAUGCAACAAGUCAGGUCGCCGCAAACAAUGGCUACCGCGGCAAAUUCGCUAGGGCAGGUGCGGUCUCCGAAUCCUCCGCCGAGGCCGCAGUCUCAACCAGUGCCUUCACCAAGGACUCAUUCUGCACAGCAAUCUCCCCACCCUGCGUCCCAAACGCACUCCCCGCACCCUGGUGGUGUUGUUCCUGAUGCCAUGCAAACUGACCAGAGCAUGCUAUCACAAGCCCCGGGUAUGAGCCAGCUACAAAGUCCAGCUACCAACCCAACGUUAGGCCAACAAGGAGACCAGGACUUAGGGGCAAUGUCAAAUCAGGACCAAUUAUCACGACUGGUUGACCAGUUAUAAAAUCUUUAGUAUAUAAAACAAAGGACUUGUAGUAAUUGUUAAUACUGAACAGAAAAAGUAAUUAAAUUGAAAAUAACUUUGUAUUCCUAUCUGAAAAAAAUCAUCUCUUUUUCAGAACAAAAAGUACAAAAAAAAUUUGAGAAAAGAAUGUAAGUUUUAUUAUUGAUAUUUUAUUUUAUAUUUCCAUUGUCAUUCCUUAUGAUGUAUUGACAAAUCAAGACAAGGUUUCAAAGAAAUAUGGAAUACUUGUAAUGUUUUAACUUGUCUGAAAAAUGGUAUUGGAAUUUUGUAGCUAAGAAAACUUUUCAAAAUAAUAUAUCAGUUUGUAUAGGUAGGAUAAUGAUGGGGUCAUGGUGACCUUUCAUGAAAAUGCUUCAUGUAGAAUUAUAGACAUUUUCAAGAUGCAAAGAAUUAACUUCUGUUGGGGAUUAUUUCUUAUAUUUUGUUCCUCGUGUUCUAGGAUGUUAUACUGUGAUCGCUGUAAAACAAGGGAGUUAAUCCUGAAUCGGAGCAUAUCCCCUGCAAAAUAAUCGUAGUCAAGUGACGUGCAUUGUUUAUUAUGUUCUCUUUUGCUUUAGUAAUUGUAGAUGGGAAAUCAUGUCAAAAAACUAAAAUAAUGAUAAUAAAAUUAUGAUGAUGUUUAAGGAAAAUGUGAAAUUGAUGUACAGAGGUACACACAUAUGUGUUAUUUCCUACUUAUUAUUAUAUGAUAUCAAUAAAACUAUCGUAAUAGAUGUGUGCACAUUUUUCCAAUUUUAAAUCGGAGCUUAAGAGAUGUAUGUGUUACUGUCACCAUGCUUGCUGCUAUGAGGUAGAAGGCAUAUUUUUCAACUCAACAAAAAUGCUAUGAUUAAGGAGAGAGAGUCAAUGAAAUGAGUUAACUCCCAUUCAAUUCUCCCGUGUGUAAAGAAUAACUAGAUGUACAUUUUUUAAAUGAAUUAAAACUUUGACAAAUGAA